AUGCCUCCUCUCCCUGGCGAAGACCUUCUACUAACAGUCUUCGCGGAUCUUCAUUACUACUUUACAGCUCCCUCGCCGAAACCUACAUACCAUCGGUUCGAUAAGGGCUCCUAUCUCUAUGUGUACCAUGACGCCGCGCGGGGUAGUGCCAGGGUAGAGGUUGCCAACAACCCGGGAACCAACGAUCAGGAUGCAUUCAAUGGAGCUUUGGACAAUGUGCAAAUCGUCCAUUCCACUCGCUUUCCCACCCUGUGUACCCUGACCGUCGGGGCCCAGGUGGAAAACUCGCCAGUGUCAUCGCACGGCAGCCCACUGGGGACCCAAGACCAAUGGCUUCUCCCAUUUACAGACCCCCGCGACAAUUCCUCACGUCGCUUUCGCCUGCAUACGCUAGAUAUCUACUUCUGGACCACCGACGAUGUCGACCAGUUCUUGGAUGCUGUCCAGCGACUCCUUCCUGCCCAGCAGGUCGAGACCGACCGUCCUUCCCAUGUUCAACCCCAGGAAGGACAGGGAGUAAGUUCUGUGGUUGAAAAGCUGGAGAACGUCGCCAUUACCGACCCAUCAUACCAGAACGGCCAAACUCGAGACUCACAAUCUCAAUCCAACCCGGUUGCCAGAGAGACAACCAGCCAAGAAGCACAGAAUUUCGCUCCGCUGGCAUACAAUCCUGCAGCCCCCGCAGCUCCAGAGCCCAUCAAGCAUCGCGAGAAGACCCCACCUCCACCAGAUGGAGUAGAAGGCACCGGGCUAUCAGCGGCGGUUGCAGUUGACCAGGGUAUUUAUCACCCCCAGGCGCAUAUUCCAGGUGGCUUCUCUCAGCAGCAAGCUCAGGCAGUUCCUGGCCUCUCUCAGUACCGAUACAGCUCUCCACCUCCAAGUGCAGGCUUGCCACCAACUCAAACCUUACCCGCAAGUCCCGGGUUCGUUGCCCCUCCCCUUGCGAGCCCCCCGCCAGUGCAAUCUGUUGGGAUGAGCUUUGCGCCGCCUCCGCAAAAUCCCAACGCACAUCUCUUUUCUCAAGGCCAUGACACGCAACAAGCCCAUGUACCCCAGCAUUAUGCACAUGCGUCGCAAAAUUCACUCCAAGGAAACUACUUGCCAAGCCAAGGCCAUGGAAUUGAAGAUGAGCGUGUUGCAAUCGGCGGGUAUUCUCAAUAUUCGUACGGCCAGCACAUUCAACAGCAUCCGGGUGCCAUGAAUAGUGAAUACGAUAUCCAUAGCCAGGUCUAUCGCCCCACAGAGUCUGAAGCCAAGGGUUCGAUACAAAAGAAUGCGAAGAAAGCCAUGGCAAACCCCAAUUCGCGAUCUCACAAACUGGAAGACAAGGCUGGCAAGGUGGAGAACAAGGUCAAUGGAUUUUUGAAGAGACUGGAGAAGAGCAUUGGAUAG